AUCUACCGUAAAGCAACCUCAGCUGUCGCGAUUUACAGUCGUAGUGGCAACAAUAACCAUGACAACCAGCAACAACAACAACACACGUGAAGCAGCAAUGGCGGCCGCCGGUGAUGACCGAGCCGCGGCGGAUGUGUUAAAAUCUCUGGCUCGCCAUUUAAACUGUUUAAACGACGACAACAAAAGCGCGAGAAAGCGAGCUCUAGAAGCGGUUAGAAGAGAAACCGUCGAGCAGCGUUUAUCCAGCGGCGCGAUGCAGGAGCUUCUCGGCUGCUUGCUGAAGCCGCUGCUGAAGUGCCUGUCAGAUCCAGCAGAGACGUGCAGAGACGCUUCAAUCCAGAUCAUCGUUGGAUUUAUCAGGGCUGUCCCCAAACCAGAGGACUGUCUGCCGUAUCUGAUGCCCGCGCUGGCGCAGAGGCUCGGUGGGAAGGAGAUCCUGGAGCCCGCGGAGGAGCUCAGACUGGCGCUCAUGGAGAUGCUCUCUCUGCUGGUGGAGGUGUGCGGGAAGCAGAUCGCCCCUUACCUGGAGGACCUGAUCAAGAUCCUGCAGAGAACCAUCUCCGAUCCCUUCGCUGAAGUCAAGAAGGAGAGCUGUAAAUGCACCGUCAGCGUAGCUCAGUGUAUUCCUGAACAUUUCCAUCUUCAGGCUGAGAGUCUUCUGAAACCCCUGUUGCAGACUAUUUCACACCAGCACUCCCAAGUGAGAGUUUCUGCCACACAGGCCAUCGGUGCAGUCAUUCAGUACAGCGCAGGCAAGAACGUGGAUGAGGUUUUAUCCCACUUGGCACAGAGAUUGUUUGACGACUCGCCACGGGUGAGGAAGGCUGUUACUCUUGUUGUUGGUGAUUGGCUUCUCCGUCUGCCGGACAGAUAUUCCUACUUCCACAAGCUCAUCCCGCUGCUUCUGACCAGCGUCAGUGAUGAGAUCCCUGAAAUCAGGUCUCUUGCUGAAAACUCAUGGAAGCAAGUAGGAGCUCAGUGGGAAAAGGAAAAUGAGGAUGAUCUGAAGGACAAGAUGGACUUUCAGCUGCCAGCACCUGCUCUCUACACAUCUGGAGGAGAACGUCCCGGGCUGGGCUGCCGGGAGCUGGUGGUAAGGAAUCUAUCCAAGCUGCUUCCUGCAAUGGGUCGGGAUAUUGGGGACUGGUUGGUGCAGACGCGGGUGAAGACGGUGCAGCUGCUGCGGGUUCUGCUCCUGCAUGCUGAAGAUCACUGUACACAACACCUGCAGAUGCUGCUCACAGUGCUGUAUCACGCCUGCGCAGAUGCUGAGACUGACGUCAGGACACAGUGUUUGGAGUCAGCCAAGCUCCUGGGAGUGUUUGUCAGUCCAGAGGUUUACCUCAAGUUACUCUUACCUCAUGUCGAAGACUCCAGUUCCUGCUCAUCUGCCUCUCCCUGGGCUCCGCUUAUGGUUCUGGGGGCCGUAUUAUCUGGAAGUUCCAGAGAGACGCUACGACCCCACCUGGUCAAAAUCGGAGACACACUCGCCCAGCCUGAAGUCUGCCUGGGGUCCCAACAG